CAUCAUCAGUUGAGUUUAAUCUGUUGUAGGAUAAGGUAGUGUCCGCACGUCUGUCAGCAGCGAUAACUUUUUUUUAUUAAUCGCUCCUUUUUUAUUUUUGCAUUACAUUUCUUUCAUUUUAUCCGAUACCAAGUGCCUCCCUCUACAUUUUGUGAAAUCAUUUAUAUUAAAUAUUUUCCUGUGGCUAUUUGUUUCUUUUUUGUAGUAGUUUUCUUGCGAUAAUUAUUUGUUGCAAGUUGCGAGCAUCGAACGAAACACAGCAGUGUGUGCCUUAUCAUGUUUCGCAUUUUAUCAAAAAAAGUGAUUGCUUUUCUAUAAAAGAGUGAAGGAGUGAGUGAAACAAAUAUAUAUAUAUUUUUUAUAUAUUUUUAUACAAAAAGGAAAUCAUUUAAAAAAAAAAUACAUAAAUUUGGGUAAAAAAAAAUAUAAGUGAAUUAUUUGUGAAUAAAAUUUUAAAAAAAGAAAAGAUAUCAAAAUGAUUCACGUCGGUGAUAAUACAUGGAAUUUGAGGGUUUUCAUUACGGACCUUCAGGUAUCGAAGGUGCUAAGAGUACGAGGAGAUCAGCACAUUGGUGGAGUUAUGCUUAAAUUGGUCGAUCCAGAAAAUCCAAAAGAUUGGUCAGAUCAUGCCCUCUGGUGGCCAAUGAAAAAUAUUUGGUUAACCCGAACUCGUUCUACAUUGGAUCAGGUUGGCGUACAUGCAGAUUGUUUGUUGCAUUUCACACCUAUGCACAAAACAUUAAGAGUACAGCUUCCCGAUCUUCGCUAUCUAGAUUGCCGUCUUGAUUUCUCGAUAAAAACUUUUGCAGCUGUUGUCAAUCUAUGCAAAGAUCUAGACAUUAGACAUCCAGAAGAAUUGUCUCUAUGCAAACCAUUGGAACCAGAUCACUUAAAGAAAAACUAUGCACAAUUUCCCAAAAAGAAGAUUCCCAUUGCCGAAUCGAAUGGAACAACAUAUUUACAACCAGCGCCAGAUACUAAUUCCUUUAUACCAAUCAAUUCGUAUAAUGGAAGUUGUAAUAGUUUGGAUAAUCCACAAAAUGGUACAUUUUUAUGUGCUCCAGUGCACCAAACUACGCCAAAGCGUCUCAAUCAAUCGGGUACACCCAUUAGUUCACCCACAGGAACAUGGAAACAUAGCUCAAAUGGAUACACCACAUUUGACUCAUUAUCUAGCCUUGGUGAUUUCCAAGAGAACCUCGCAGCUAGUCCUAGAGCACCAAGCCCAGAUGUACGUUCUCGCCUAAUAAGGCCGAAAUCAUUGCUAGAGAAAGCUCGCAUGAACAUUGGCUGGCUUGACUCGUCACUGUCCAUCAUGGAACAGGGAAUCCGUGAAUAUGACACAUUGUGCUUGAGAUUCAAGUACUACACAUUCUUCGACCUAAAUCCCAAGUACGAUCAAGUUAGAAUCAACCAGUUGUACGAACAAGCUAAAUGGUCGAUUCUAAACGAAGAAAUCGAAUGCACAGAAGAGGAAAUGCUCAUGUUUGCAGCAUUACAGUUUCAAAUUAAUCAGCAAAACGACUUGCAACAACCCGAUUCAGGAAUCGACACAUCAAGCGUUGAAAAUGGAACAGAUGACGAUAUCGAUUCAGCUCUAAGUGAGUUACAGAUAACGCUGGAAGGACCUAACGCUAAUUCACAAGUCAACAAUAUCACCAAAAUCCCCGAACUUACAGAUUAUUUGAGAUUUUUAAAACCAAAAAAAUUCACAAUGAAGGGUUACAAACGUUACUUCUUCACAUAUCGGGAUCUCCAAUUGCAUCUAUACAAAACGGCUGAGGAAUCAAGACGUGGCCAACCGGCACAUGUCAUCAAUUUGCGUGGUUGUGAAGUAACACCCGAUGUUAAUAUUGCUCAUGGCAAAUUUAGUAUACGCUUGGAGGUGCCUCCAGAAGGUCGUAACGGCCCCAACAAUGAAAUGUGGAUUCGAUGUGAGAAUGAAGAACAAUAUGCCAAAUGGAUGGCUGCCUGUCGAUUAGCAUCAAAAGGACGAUCUCUUGCCGAUAGCUCGUAUGACAGUGAAGUGGCAAGCAUAAAGUCAUUCCUGAGCAUGCAAAAACCAGCUCUUGAGUCUACAGUUAGUGUGAAUCCAGGAUCAAUUGAUCCUGUUGACUACCUCUCGCCCAAGAUGUACAAGAAAUUGCGUAGCAAGGCUGUACAGAGGAUCUUGGAAACACAUGCUAAUGUCAAAAAAUUGCCCCUGAUUGAGGCUAAAUUGAAAUUUAUUGAAGCGUGGCAGAGUCUACCUGAUUUUGGUUUGACUUUGUUUAUAAUCAAAUUCGAUGGACAUAAGAAGGAGGAACUUUUGGGUGUUGCGAAUAAUCGUAUUAUGCGAAUGGACAUAAGUACGGGUGAUCAUAUUAAAACAUGGCGAUACAACACAAUGAAGGCAUGGAACGUUAACUGGGGCAUCAAGUGCAUGAUGAUUCAGUUCCAAAAUGAAAAUGUCGUUUUCUCUUGCCUUUCAUCGGACUGCAAAGUUGUGCACGAAUUUAUUGGCGGUUAUAUUUUUAUGUCAAUGCGUUCAAAGGAAACCAAUCAAACGCUUAACGAAGAGAUGUUCCAUAAGCUUACUGGUGGAUGGCUGUAAAAAACUAACAACAACUAAUCCUCAACAAGGAAGAACUUUUCACAUAGCGCAUGUCUUUUUAUUGCAAAUAACUUAUUUUCCUAUAAAUUAGAUAGAACCCCCUUUAUUCUUUUCGUUCUUUGCUUACUUAUUUGAUAUGUUGUGUAUAUAUGUAACCCAUUGUUUAAUUUUAUAAUUUUAUUUUACAUAAAAAUAAAAAAAAAACACCCUACGUAAUUACAUACAUAUUAUAUUGGUCUACCAUGUA